GCGCGAUUUUGAAACGCAUCUGGCGUUUUCGUCGUAGCCGCAGGCGAUGAUUGGGUGUUCGGUGGCCCUGAGGUUUCACACAGGUCGCAAUGUGUUACUCGACUUGAGAAAUGUCACUUGUGUGAAAGCUAUGAGUACACUUCAGAAAAAGUACCACCCUUGGAUAGAUCUGCCUAAUGACUAUCCGUUUCAGUCCUGAAGUCCCAACUAAAAAGGAAGAGCCAUAUAAAUCUUAUAGUCCUUUCAAGCCAGAAGGGAAAUUUGACUAUGUCAUCACCCGGACAGAUGAUCUCAUAAAUUGGGCCCGCAAAGUGGUUUCAUUCAAUUCCUCAUCGGUUGUUUUGCUCACUAGAAUUCAAUCUGGCCAAUGACAUUCGGGUUGGCUUGUUGUGCCCUGGAAAUGAUGCAGAUGGCGGGGCCCCGGUAUGACAUGGAUAGGUUUGGGGUGGUCUUUCGAGCAAGUCCACGGCAAGCGGAUUUAAUGAUCGUGGCAGGCACUGUGACAAACAAAAUGGCUCCUGCCGUUCGUAGGUUAUGGGACCAGAUGACCCACCCCAAAUGGGCCAUUUCAAUGGGAUCUUGCGCCAGUAGUGGUGGAUACUAUCAUUAUUCUUACAGCGUAUUGCGAGGAGUGGACCGGAUAAUCCCGGUCGACAUAUAUGUUCCAGGUUGCCCUCCAUCCGCCGAGGCACUGCUGUAUGCCACAUUACAACUUCAGAAGAAGAUCAAGUCUAUGCGAACCCAGCAGUUUUGGUAUCGCAAGUGAUUUAGCACAAAUUUAACUCUUGUCAAUCUACUGGUUUAUUAUCAUCAUAGAUGACGUCCGUUUUUUGUUAUCAACAUGCA